AUGGCCACGAUUUCAAUCAGUGCACCGGGUGCGAGCACCGGAUUCCUUUACAACAACGGCUCAAAUAAUGCACGUCUAUGCAUCACAGCCGAGACCGCCGACUUCGAUACGGAGACCAUCCAGAAUUGGCAAGAUGAGGGUUUCGAUGUUGUCUACUUGCCCUAUGAUGGUGGUGGAAAGGAAUAUGAAAACCAGCUCAAGUCCAUCAAAAACGGACUUGGUGUCGGCGAGAACUACGGGGUACUUGCAUUCGGGGAUGCCGCAAACUACUGUCUUGACUACUACCUCAAACCCACCAAUGCCAGUCGUCUCUGUGUGCUUGUCGCGUACUAUCCUAGCAACAUCCCCGAUACCCGAUCUCGUUUCCCGUUCUCCCUUCAAGUGUUGGUGCACCUCGCGGGUACGUCAGUGGAUGUGACCACCAUCCCCACUGCGUUGGGUCUACAAGGCAAGAAGCGCCGCAGGACUCGACCGAUCAACCUUGGAAUCGGGACUGGUGGGCGCUUGGAACUAGCAUAUCCGGCGUUCACAUACGACUCUGCGCAACCUGGGUUUGCAGAGCACGACCUCGAUGAAUAUGACCAUUUGGCGUGCGAACUUGCUUGGACCAGGACACUGCAGGUUGUAAGGAAGGGCUUUUCCAGGGAUGCGGAUCUGGAGAGACGUUGGGAGCUGCACGAAGAAAGUAAAUUCUUCGCCUCGAAUAUUGCAAAGACGAUGGCUGGGUAUGUGGAGCAUAAAACACCGUCUGUUACGUACGCCCCAACAUUGAGCGGCGGCAUUGGUUCACAGGCCCUGCGUCGUUUCUACGAACACUAUUUCGUUGGAAAACUGCCGCCAUCCAUGCGACUCCGGUUGUUAUCUCGUACCGUGGGAGCAGACCGUGUAGUCGACGAGCUCUAUGUGGCAUUCGAACACACCCAGGAAGUCCCAUGGAUGCUGCCGGGGGUGCCGCCAACCAACAGGCGCGUUGAGAUUAUUUUGGUCAGUAUCGUCAGCAUGCGUGCCGGGCGUCUUUACUCAGAGCAUGUGUACUGGGAUCAAGCUAGUGUACUCGUGCAGGUUGGACUUCUCGAUCCCAAACUAGUCCCAAAGAAUGUGCAAGGGGUCGACCGACUCCCCGUUGUGGGCCGCGAAGCUGCUCGUCGUAUUCUUCACGAAGAUCCCGAGGUCGAACAGGAAGACUACCACAACCGGCUUAUCCGUCGUGCUCAUGCCCGGGCCAAGAAGGAGUGCAGUCCUCGCUCUUCGCACCUCGUGGAAGAUUCUGGUGCAGAGCUCAAGAGCGAAGUCGAGCAUCCAUUAUCGACCAACAAAGGAAGCAAGGGCAAGUCAGUCCAUGAAUCCAGGCCUGCGGGACCACAGCGCACUCCCACGGGGACUAUUCAAUAUGAGGAAUCACACGAGCAGACUCCAGGGGAGGAUGAAGGCGCUGCGACUGAGACUGAAUCUGGUGCCGAGACGAAAACAAAUACCGGGGACCAUGCUGCCUACGUUGAAGAUGAAGAUGAUAAUGAUAAUACCUUGGAUCCUUGA